AUGUGCAACUUUGGAGUGAUAACCGUAAAUAGCACACGCUGCAAUGUUGAGCCCGCUCACGUGUGGUACAAGUAUACAUACAUCCUCUGCAACGAUCACGGCAAGAGAUGUGCGGAUGCUCAGCAGGAUGGCAGCCAGAUCGAUCCCAACGCUGACAACAACUAUACUGUGGGAUCAAGAAGCUUAGGCCCAUGCUACGUUUGUGACAAUUUGAAGAUUGCAGUUGAUAUUCGCGACAAAGCUCUGGCACGAGCUGAGGAGAUCAGGACGCGAGCCUUGAAUGCAUACGGUGAUGCAGAAGAUCGAGCUUAUUCGGAAGUAACUGAGGUGAGGCCCGUCCAAGAUGCAGAGCGUAACAACGGUCGUCGCGAUGAAGGAUCGAGAGCAGACAAGCAUCGGGGAAGUAGAUCCGGAAAGGAAAAGUCUCGAAGUCAUAGAUACUAUGACGAGGAGAAACGUGAUAGGAAGCACAGACAUGCUGAUGGAUAUUGA